AUGUCUCCCCUGAGGCGCCGCUCUGCACGCAUCGCAGGCACCUCGAAGAGUACCCGAGCAGUUCCCGAACUCCUGUCUGUUACUGAAGAUGCCGAACCUGUUGCGAUGUCGUCGCCCCGACGCUUCAUUGCCAAAUCACCCAUGCACGCCCCUUCCACGCCGCCAUCGUCGGCGAUCAGGCCACCUCGUAGCGAAAUGCACCCCAGCAAAUUUCACCAAAGCACCGGAGAGCCUUCGUCCGCAGUAGCGCUUGGAUUUACCGAUAUAGAUGCCUCGGAUAGGAGAACCACUGGUGCUGCGUUAACCUCGACUCCGUCGCGGUCAACCGGCAUGCCGACAUCGUCGUUUACCUUUGAACUGGCGACAUCUACCCAUGGAGGCGCCCUCAGCAGUGAUGCGAAAAAAAUCAUGGAGGAGCUGCAAGAGAAAGCCGCCAAGAUUAAGGUGGAAUUGGUCGCUCAGCGCGAAGCCGAAGGGAUUGAUGGAGUUUUUGGCGACCGCCGCUUCGCCAAGCCAAAGAGCCUCGCAGGUCGUUACAGUGCUGCGCACAACGCCGAGUUUGAGAAGAUGGAUUCCAUUCAGGGACAUGCUUCUGCUUGGAGAGCAAGCCGAUUCACGCCUGUUGUGGCCGGUAUCAAACGUUCGUCAUCCAAAGCCAGCCUCACUGAGUCCCCAGGCAAGACAACCGAUUCGCCUUCUCCCCAAAAGACAAGCAUUUACAAUCACUUGUCUCAAACGCCAAAGAAGAAUUUGAAGCGCAAAUCCUCGGCUGCAAACCUGGAUGGAAGGAGUGGCACAGAUUCAGCCAAGAGAACCGCAUUGGCUUCUUCACCCAUCAAAGCAACAGAUCGCACUCCCGUGGAACGACAACCCAUGAAGAGAGUCAAGCAGCACAAAGAGGACGACACCUCAACGAACAGACCCAAAGUUCCCACGACCCCAACUGCUCCGCGCACCAUUGCACGUCCGCAGUCGACUCUCUCGCGCUUGAUGAGCCCUACAAAAUCCUCAAAGAUGCAUCGCUUGGCUAGUCCUACCAAGGUGACAACUUCUUCGGUGCCGACGCCGACGAGACUGCCGACCAGCGCACGCAAGCCAACAAUUACAUUGGUCUCUACCCCUUCUAAGCCAUCUGCCAGCCCCAUCAGAGUGGUUGCGCCUCCAACGCCGAGCUUUGCACAGUCGCUUUCUGCCAGCAACUUGACUUGCAAGGCCGACGGGCUCGCACGGCGAAUUCUUAGCCCUAUGCGCAUGCAGAAAGUCAAGUCUAUUCUUCGCUCACAGUCAAAUACAGACUCUGCAUCUGCGAGUGCCAUCCCCCAGCCUACACUCUAUGGAUCGCAUACCCCUGCUCCGCCCCGCCUUGACAAGGAGCUGCCGCCUAUUCCUUUCACAACUCCUCGUCGUAAGCUGACGAAGAAAGUGACAUUCACACCUGAGACUAAGCGCGCAGCCGUGGAGCAGAGCUCUCCCACACCACUCAAGUCUUCCAUGUUCAGGUUCAGAUCUGCUUCUGGACCAAGGAGCACCCGCGACGUGGAGAUGAAAAAUGCUGCAGCCGAGCGUGGCGGCCACGUUGCCUAUCCAGAUUUGUCUGCGUUCAAGGCUCUCAUUGCCUCAAAGGACGACGAUGGCAAAAAGCGAGUACCUUCUGUGCCAAGCGCGUUUACCUUCCGUAGCGACCACACGAUUGAGUUUGGCAACACCCCCAGGACUGGAUUUGGCGGCUCGGUUGGCCAGUCAAGCGUUCGCCAUGUUAGACAGUCGCUCAAUCAAGCAGCAAGUUUGCCAGGCAGCUUUCCCGCGCUGCCUGCUCCCAGCUCGCACCCCGAUAAGGAAAACACUGCCCCAUCAUCGUCCUCCAAGGUAUUGCCGGGGAUCUUGCAUGGGCUUUCGACCAAGAAACGUCACCGACCGAGCACCGAUGAAGAGGAUGCGGAGAGAGAGGCGGAUGAACGGGCUGCCAAGAAGCGCAAGAACAGCACGAGCGGCCCUGAGCGGCCGGCUUUGUCAUCCGCCAGACCUAUAUCUUCAACGCCGCAGAGCAGCGCCAAGAGAGCACGGCUGGAUCGCCAUGUGUCUCUGACACCGAGCAGACAGCAGAUGAACAAGACUCCGACGGCGACGUCUGGAUCAACUAGCAGCCCGGCAAAGAAGAAACAAGGCAUCAGCAUGAGCCGCCUGCAGACACUUGCUCGUCCCAAAACAAGGAUUUGA